AAGUCCGGCUGUGGAUACUGACCUGUGCUUGUUAAUACGUUUCUCUUGUUAAUUUUCUACUUGGAUAACGGGAAUGUACCAAAACCACACCAAAGACUCCAACAACAACUGCAAUAAAAGCCUUCUCUGUGAUCAUAAGGAAAAGCUUGUCCAGGCUAUUAAAAGAAUCAAGCACGAGGUAGAUGAGUGCAGAGAAGCAGAGAGAGAGACGUACAUAGAGUCAGUUGAAGUAGAGAACUGUUUUGAUGCCUUGGAAAGAGAAGUCAGAGCAGAGUUUCAGAACCUCCAUCGUUUCCUGGAUGAGGAGGAGUGGAAGGACCUUGAACGACUUGGGAGGGAGAGACAGAAGCAACUGAAGCAGCUGAAGGAAAGAGAGAAGAAAAUAGCAGAUCAAGGGAAAGACCUGGAGAGAGCAAUCACAGUUCUCAACAGCAAACUGGCUGAAGACGACAGUCCUAAACUGCUCAAAGAAAUCCAAGAUCUCAUAAAAAGGUCUCAGGUCAGCUUUGUUCUUCCAGCGGAGGUGGACACGGAGGUACGCUCCGGCCAGUUUGUGGGGCCCAUACAGUACAGGAUAUGGAAGCGCAUGAAAAGCUGCCUUUACCCAAAUAUUACAUCAGUGACCUUUGACCCUGAGACGGCCCACCCUAAUCUAUCCCUGUCUAAAUCCUGCACCUCAGUAUGGUUUGAGGAGGACAAGGACACGACGGAUUGCCAGGCCAACCCACGACGGUUCCACUAUUAUUACUGUGUGUUGGGCCAUCAGGGCUUCACCACAGGACGACACUACUGGGAGGUGGAGGUGGGACGUAAAACAGCGUGGAGAUUAGGUGUGGCACGAGACGAUAUCUCAAGGGGGGAGAUGGCUGCUAGUGGUACAUCCAGUGGCCUCUGGACCAUGGCCCUGAAGGGCGGAUCUGUCGUAGCCUACACUGACCCAAAGCCCACUAAGGUCAACGUGUCUGUCUCUCUUGUCCGCAUCGGUGUGUUUUUAGACUGUGAAAAGGAGGAGGUGUCUUUCUAUAAUGCUGUUACCAUGGCGCCCAUCUACACCUUUACUAUAGGAACGGUCAUGGGUCCUCUGUUCCCCUUCUAUAAUCCAUGUGACUUGGAUGACGGGAAGAACAUGGCGGCAAUUAAGAUCUUUAACCCUUCAAUAUAAUAAGAGACUGUUCUCACCAGCUUGAACACUGAUGGUCAGUAGAGCUGAUAUUUACAGCACAAAUUGUUCAUUUCGUAUUAGCAGAAUAAUCAUUAUAUUUAGAACUGAAACGAUUAGUCAGUUAUUAAGCUAGUCAACUGAAAAAAAUUUAUUAGCAAAUAUUAGGAUUAUUAGAAGAAUAGUUUUUAAGCAAAAUUGUCAAACAUUGGCUGAUUACCGCUUCCCCAAUUUGAGGGUAUGCUGCUUUUCUUUUGUCCUAUGUGAAAAUGAGUUGAAUAUAUUUGGGUCUGGAGCUGUUAUGUUGGAAAAAACAAGCUAUUUGAAUAUUUUUGUAAAUUUUUGAUGGACAUUUUAUAGACAAAAUGAUAAAUUUAUUAGUGAUCGAAAAGAAUGGACAGAUUUAUCAAUAAUGAAAAUGAUUGUUAGUUGCAGCCCUAAUUAUAUAAAAUACUUGCAAAAGAAAACGCCUUUCGCCCAGUGUCAGCUGGGAUAGGCUCCAGCCCCCCGCGACCCUGUACACAGGAUAAGUGUUUGACGAUGGAUGGAUGGAUGGACUUGCAAAAAAAGUGUUGUAAAUAGAGAAAAUCCACUUUCCAAAAAACUGUUACUGUAACUACAAAUUAAUUUUCUGUUUAAAGUACAUCUUCUUCUCUUACUGUGAUUACUUGAAUGGUUUAGAGUUUGAGGAAAAUAAAUGUAGUAUAUAUAUAUAUAUAUAUAUAUAUGCAUGAUAAAUCUUUAACUGGUGCAGUUGUAUUUGAAAAAGAGUUCAGGAAAACAAAGCAUGUGGAAGGUUGUAAUUUGCAGCCAGCCUGGAGCUUCAGGGUCCAUGGCAGGUGUUAACAGCGUUAUGAUGUUACUGUUUAUAAAUAUCUCUCUUGUG